CCCCAUCUUCUUCAAGGUUAAGACAUCGGACAUCAAGAAUCAAACUCGAUGUUUUGAGAUUUCACCUCAGAGACAUGGCAAGGAGGCGCCUGAAACCCUACAGAGAUGGAAGGACACUUUGCGAGCGAUAGGAGAUAAGAGUGGAUGGGUUUUCAACAACGGGGAUGAUUAAUCAGAGUUGGUCAGGUCAGUUGUUCAAAGUACUUGGAUACGAUUGAAUAUGGUUCCCUUGAUAGGUGUUAAAAACCCUGUUGGAUUAGAAUCCCGCAUUGAAUCUGUGUUAUCUCUACUAUUAAAAAUCAGUUCUACGGAGGUUCAAUUCUUGGGGAUAUGUGGUCUAGGUGGCAUUGGGAAGACAACCAUUGCGACAGCCGUAUACAACUGCAUCUUUAAAGACUUUAGUAAGAGUUGUUUUCUUGAAGACAUUAGAGAGCAAGCAUCACAACCCAAUGGUAUAAUUUCUUUGCAAGAGAAACUUCUCUACAGUAUCUCUCGAGAGGAAAUAAAAAUAUGCAGUUCUAAAGAAGGAUCAAGAUUGAUAAAACAAAGACUUGGAAACAUAGAUAAUCUUCUCAUUCUUGAUGACGUGGGAGAUCGUACCCAUUUGGAUGCAUUGGUUGGUGAUUUCAAUUGCCUCGGUUCUGGAAGUAGGAUAAUAAUAACAACCAGAGAUCAGAGUGUUCUAAGUGGAAUUCCUGAAAAUAAUAGGAUAAUAUACGAGCCAACAGAAUUAAAUGAGAAAGAGAGUCUUCAACUCUUCAGUUCCUAUGCUUUUUCAACAGACCAACCUCCCGAUGAUUAUAUGCAGCUUUCAACUGACAUAGUACACACUACAGGAGGGCUCCCCUUAGCUUUGGAGGUUUUGGGGUCUGAUUUAUCAAUCAAAAAAGAUAAAAAAAUAUGGAAAAGCUUGCAUCGGAUAUUAAAACAAAUUCCUCAUAAUGAUGUCUAUGGAAAGUUAAAGAUAAGUUAUGAUAAUCUUCAAGAUGACAUUGAGAAAGCCAUGUUUCUCGAUGCUGCUUGUUUUUUCAUAGGUUGGGAGGAAGAAAAAAUAAUUUCCAUAUGGGAAGCUUGUGGCUUUGAACCGAGAUACCGUAUAGAUCGUCUCCAUAGAAAAUGUCUGUUAAAGAUUAAUAAAUCGAAAAAAUUGUGGAUGCACGACCAGAUUCGAGACAUGGGGAGGGCAAUCGUCUACAAGCAAAGCCCUAUGGAACCUAGUGAACAUAGCAGGUUGUGGUCUACAUCAUGAAGGUAUUAAAUUGUG